CUGCUAACUGAAGUCACCAGUUUGGUGUUCAAGAGUAGGAAAGCGAAAUAAAAUUUCAAGUCUAUUCAAAGUUUCUCCCUUCUGGGCUCCACUGAAAAGUUGGAGACCUGUAUCAGGAGUACUGUUAGUUUUUAUUCUAUGUGGAAACCCUUGUGAAGGAAGACAUGGGGGAAAUACAUCGAACCUUGCUCUGUCAAGGCCCUGUGGAACUCACAAGUGGCAGGAAAAGGAAUAAAAGAUAUCUCUCCUUAUUUGAUGAUGUUUUGGUUGUGUCUACUAACCUGACUAAGAAAAAGUUUAAGAUAAAAUGUAUCAUCCCACUGAAUUAUCUGUGGGUGGUGGAUGAUGUGGAACUUGUCAGGGCAAAUCAAACCUGUACUUGCAAGACCAUCUUCUUCUACUGGGCCACUGGGAAUGCUUUGGCCACCUUUCGUUCAGAAGAACAGAAAGUGCAAUGGUAUACUUUCCUCACCAGGUCCAUCAAUAAAGCCAAGAAGGGGAUCAAGAAAACUUUCCCACUGCAGAUAUUCCCUGAGGAUAUCCAAACCUGUGACAGUACUUUAUGUGUAACAGCAACAAACAUGGAUACUGUGAAUGAUAUAAUGGAGAAGUUACUACCAAUGAUAAGAGUGCCUAACAUUGAAGAUUACCAACUUUGGUUCAGUCCCGGCCACAAGGAAGUUCUAAGAGCACUCCAAGGCCACGAGUAUCCACAUGACAUUAUAUUGACCAACGUUCAAAAUAACCUCAGUAAAUCGAACUCAAAAAUUUUCACGGCUUUCCCCCCAUUGCCUGGGCUGUUUAUGGAAAACCAAAGCUGGGAUACAGGAGGGCAGUUCAUAUUAAAGCCCAGAGACUCAGCUGGAAGCCAGCAGCAAGAUGCAAAGGAAAGACGUAGAAAAUCUUGUAUGACAUCAUGUUUCCAUGGGGGCUGUGUGCCCCACCAUGACCAAGAAUGCAGUGACCCAAGAGAUGAUAAGAGAGGAAAACUUUUUGGGCAAGAUUUGAGCUCCAUUUGUCAGGAUGGCAAACUGCCCACCAUAAUUCUGGACAUGCUGUCCAGAAUAAAAGAUAAAGGACCUACAACAGACGAUAUAUUUUUAAUAACUCCCAAUGGAUCAUUAUGCAAAACUAUAAAGGAGAGGUUGGACAAUGGGGAAAAUGUGGAUAUAUAUCAGCAACCGGUGCAUGUGGUAGCCUGGAUCUUAAAGGAGUUUCUUCAAUCUAUCAAAGGAAGUUUACUGACUUCCAAAUUAUAUGACCAGUGGCUUGCUGUACCCGAGAAGGUGAAUGACAAAGAGAAAUUAGCAGCAGUGAAGAGUCUUCUAGAAAAACUUCCAAAACCUAAUGCUGAUCUUCUCAGACAACUGUUUAGAAUACUACAUCAAAUAGAAACAAAGUCUUCUGUUAAUAAUAUGUCAUCAUUCCGUCUGUCUCUUGAGACAGCCCCAUGUAUUUUAUGGCUUCCUAGCUACAGAAAUAACAUAUUGACAAAUGAUAUCGCCAAAAAGAUUUCUCUGGUAUCAUUUAUGAUCGACAAUUCUCCAGAAUUGUUUGGAGAGGACAUUGUGGCAGUUUGGUAUGAAACAUCACUAUACCAUCCUCCCGGACUGAAGUACCCAUGUUCCCAGAAUACACCAUCUAACAAUGGGAUCGUGGAGGAAACGGAACAUGGACUCAGCAGCUGCCCCAGUGAGAGGCCAUGCACCCCUGAUUUUGAGGAACUGCCGAGAAGUGGUGCAGCUGCUCCAAUUCCAUAUGAGGGCAUUCUAGCCUCAGAGAAAGGUGAAGGAAAUGAGUACACGACUCAACCAGAACCUAUUCAAAAGUCACCAACACCAGAAACCAAAAAAGAAUUGGGGAAUUGUUCCCCCAAUAUUCUCCAAGACGUUAAUGUGCCUGCUGUGAUACUUGAUAUGUUGUCCUUAAUUGCGGAAAAAGGACAAUGUUCUGAUGACCUAUUCAGAAUGCAAUCGGAAAAAUCACACUGGUCCCUUAAGGAAAAGGUUAACACCGGAAAACAUAUUAACUUGAAAGAGGAAUCCGUGCUCACUGUCGCUUCUGUCGUAAAGGACUUUAUCAAAAAUAUCGAAGGAAGUUUACUUUCCUGUGAUUUAUAUGAAAAUUGGCUUAGCAUCCCAGAUGAAGGACCACUCCUUGGAAAAAUUGCAUCCAUCCAAAAUAUCCUUUUGAUGAUGCCAAAGCCAAACUACGUUUUGCUUAAGCAACUCAUCUGUGUUCUACAAAAAAUUAAAGCUGCUUCUACGAACCAAUUAGACAGCUUUGACUUGUCUGUUCGCAUAGCACCUCAUGUUUUAUGGAAUCCGACUUGUAAGAUGUUUUAUGGGAGGGAUCUCCCAAAGAAGUUGUCCAUUAUACAAUUCAUGAUUGACAACUGUCAAGAAUUAUUUGGAGAAAAUGAUAAUAUAUUUUGUGAAGAUAAUCAGAAGUCUUAUGACAUCAACCUAUCUUCUGAUACAUUAAAUACUUCUGGAAAAGCAACUCUUAUGAUUGAAACCAUAGAUGACCACGAUGUGAAGACCUCAAAGGCUAAUACCAAAGAAUUAAAGAUGUCAUCUGCUGUUCCUCAUGAGGGAGGUCCUACAGCAGGGCACAAUGGAACAACUUCAAAAUAUAAUGUUCCACAAGAGAAAAUUCUUCAUGACUAAAGAAGUUUCCGGUCAUUGUAUUUCAAUGUUCUCUUCUACCUCCCACUAACCAUACAGAAGAGAUUAUUACAAGAAACAACUUCAGUUUUAUAUUUAACCAUAUUGUUUGCUAUAAUUGUUUUACUCAAUAUAUUUAUUUUAUGUUAUGUGUUAUAUAUUAUUCUCUAUUAUAAUAAAUAUUAUUGAAUUAUA